AUGGAGUACUUUGAUGCAAGGCAGAAGCCUCAUAAUGUUGGGAAAAUCAUUGCAGCCCUGGUCCUCACAACACUCUGUAUAUUUGUUCUGAAGCAAUCUCAUGGUUUCGGUGGCAAUAGCGUGUUUUCUCGCCAUGAACUUGGGGUUACCCAUGUCUUAGUUACAGGAGGAGCUGGUUAUAUUGGUUCACAUGCCGCUUUAAGGCUGUUAAAGGAUAACUAUCGAGUUACCAUUGUGGAUAAUCUAUCUAGAGGAAACAUGGGAGCAGUAAAGGUCAACAAGAUAUUUGCUGAAAAUGCAUUUGAUGUUGUGAUGUACUUUGCAGCUGUUGCUUAUGUGGGAGAGAGCACAUUGGAACACCUUAGCUUCAGUGUAAGAACCAACCAUUUUCCUGAUCCUACACUUAUUGAAAGUCAUGAGUUUACUUUGUUGCUGUCCAGACCUUUUGUUACAGAGAAGAGGCAGUCUGUAGCUAACCGGAUUAGAGAGAAGUACCUUGACAGAAUUCUAGUAAACUUCUACCCUCCUGGUGGAUUCUUUGUGUAUGACAUUUUCUGGGUGUUCUUCACUCCAUUUAUGGUCAGCGUGGCUAAAUCUUUUGAUGCUCCGAUAAAGCUUCUGUUUCCAACUGCAGAUGCUGCACGGGCAUUCUCCAUGCUUGCCUGA